AUGAAAAGAGAAAAGCUUGAUAAUCAAUUUGCGAAGUUUUUGGAGAUUUUAAAACAAAUUCACAUUAACAUUCCUUUUAAUGAUGCUUUAUUGCAAAUGUCUUCAUAUGCCAAAUUUUUGAAAGAAAUUUUAUCAAGCAAAAGGAAACUGGAAGAAGUUUCUGUGGUAAUGCUUACUGAAAAAUGCAGUGCUAUACUUCAAAAUAAGCUACCACAAAAACUCGGUGACCCAGAUCUUGGUGAAAUGAAAGACACGGGUGUUUCACUUCAAUUUACUGAUCAAAGUACUAAGAGACCAAAGGGAAUAAUUGAAAAUGUGCUUGUAAGAGUAGAUAAAUUUGUUUUUUCUGUAGAUCUCAUAGUACUUGAAAUGAAGGAGUGUUCUGAUGAACCAAUUAUUUUGGGUAGAUCAUUUCUUGCAACAGGCAGGGCAAUCAUAGAUGUCCAUCAAGGACAACUAAUUUUAAGAGCUGAUGAAGAAAGAGUUAUUUUUUAUAUGCAAAAGAUACUAAGAUUCUCAGAAGAUGAUACAUCAUCUUCAUGA